AUGGAACGUCCUAUGUCUUCUCACAGGCACCCUCGCAGCCGGACCAGGCGACGGAACAGCCAUAGCCCCUUCACCCUCCGUCUCCAUCUCCGCCAUCCCCAUCCCCUCCACCCGCUUCCCCCGUCCUCUCACAACUCCCAGUCCCUCAUCGGGCCUCCCAUCCGUGAUCACAACCGGCACCUGAUUCUGAUGCGGCCUCCCGACCUCCAACGGCUCCCGAAACGCCUGCACCGGCCCAGGCCGCCUCUUAAGCCCCAUCUUGACCCUCUGCGCGUCAAUUUUCUGCUCGUCCGUUCUCCUGUCCAACAUCCCGUCAGCGACCGCUUGCAAGUCCAGGGCGUCUUUCAGCUUGUGGCCUGGGCACGCCGCGUUGGGACACCUGCCCGGGAGGAUCUCGGUCUUGACCUCGCCGUCGAGGAAGGGGCAGUUUUUGGGUUUCGGGGUCGAGGAGAGAGGGGUGGUGAAGGUCCAUUUGAUUUGGCGGUAGGACCAGAGCCAGGCUGUGCAGCGGUGGUAGUGCAUGUGUCUGUGGAGGCCGCAGCUUUCGCAGAGGGCGAUGGUUUCGGUACACAUUGUUUCUCGGUUCGAGUUCGGGGGGUUGUGAUGGCGAGAGAUGGUGUGCGUGACCUGCGACUUGGUGCUUCGGUGAUGUGUAUUAAUUGUACGGCGGGGAAAAGAGCAGGCGAGUGGUUGAUUUGCGGUCUCGAGGGUAUGGAAAAGGAGAAAGCAAUUUCCGGUCGAAGCCUUGAAAUGGUAGGAAUGGGAAUCGUCGAGGUGUUGUCGUCAGAUGACAAUAGGUGGCUGCCACGAGUUUGUCGAGGUGGAAGGUACCUUCUCUGA